UCUGCCUCAUUCGAAGCGCGCUUCAUUGUGCACUCCAUACUGGGUUCGGGGGAGUUCAGCGAAGCUGUAAAGGCGGAAGAGCGCACCACCGGCUGUAUCUACGCCGUCAAACGCAUGAAACGCUCCUUCACGGGACCGCGCGAUCGGCUAAGACACCUGGAAGAAGUCGACAUACUCAGACACCUUUCACAAGCCCAGAAUGGCGAAGGCCAUGCCAACGUAGUGUCGCUCGUCGACGCAUGGGAAGAGGGCGGUCAUCUCUACGUCCAGACGGAACUUUGUCCCCUAGGUACGCUUUCCUUUUUCCUGGAGGAGUUUGGCAACUUGGCUGGGCAACUCGAUGAGGCACGACUCUGGAAGGUUCUUGCUGAACUGACGGCGGGUCUGGACCACGUCCACUCGAACGGUAUCCUGCACUUGGAUUUGAAGCCAGCGAACGUCUUCAUCACAGAGGUCGGCACACUCAAGCUUGGUGACUUUGGACUC